CAGAACUGUCGAGCCUCCCCUGUUUUGACUGCUCUUGAAUGAAGGUGGUUGUCUUGGGCAAUCGUCAGGAGUACGAUAGCCGCUUGCUGUAGCCGUGCUCUAGCUUUGAAGGGAAUGUUGGUGAGUUGAACGUGUCUCUUGACGUGAUCGCGAUUGUUGUGACUAGCACGACGACUUGCGAUGCAGCGAAUUGGCUCGACCCUAUAUAACAACCUGCCAGUUGUGCAGGUGUAUGGCGCCAACACGAAUGUUGGGAAGACAAUCGUGUCGACCUUGCUGUGCCGUAGCUUUGAGAAGGAUAAGAAGGUCAAGAGCAAUGUCCACUACAUCAAACCUGUUUCGACAGGACCGUUAAGCGAAGCUGAUGACAGCCAUGUUUCUAGAUAUGCGAAGAAUACGGCUUCGGCUACGCUAUUUCAGUUCUCCCAGCCAUUGAGCCCUCAUCUGGCCGCUCGCUAUGAUGGAAAGUCACUCCCGGACGUUAAGAUUCAGCAAGCAUUGUGCGCAGAACUGCGAGCUCGAGCCGCACAGGGUAUUGGAAGAGCAGUCGUCGAGACAGCGGGAGGAGUUUUAUCCCCUGCCCCUUCCGGUACAGCGCAAGCCGACCUGUAUCGACCAUUGCGUCUUCCCGUGGUCUUGGUGGGCGAUCACAAACUGGGUGGCAUAGCUACAACAAUUUCAGCUUAUGAAUCUCUUCGGAUUCGAGGCUAUGACCUUGACGCAUUGGUCUUGUUUCAAGAUGAGCAGUAUCGGAAUUUUGAGUAUCUUCGCGACUAUUUCAGCAAGCACAAUCUGCUGACGCUGAGCAUACCCCCUCCACCACCUGUGGAUACUUCUCCGGAACGUGAUCAUAAAAAUUUGCGGGAAUACUACGAGAACGUAAGCGCCUCGGAUCCCUUGAAUACCAUGAAAGGCCACAUUGUGAAUGCGCAUGCAACCCGUAUAAAUGAGCUUCUUAAGAUGGCUAAGGACGCCCACGAUCAUGUCUGGUACCCCUUCACUCAGCACAAAGGUCGAAGCGAGAAAGACAUACUUACUAUUGACUCCGCCUUCGGUGACGACUUUCAGGCACUCAAAUCCCCUGAACACCAAAACAUUGUAAAUACCGAGGAGAACAUUUUGGCUCCUGCUGUAGAUGGUUCGGCUUCUUGGUGGACGCAGGGACUUGGCCACGGCAAUACAGACCUCACACUAGCAGCGGCAUACGCCUCAGGAAGAUAUGGACAUGUCAUGUUUGCAAGUGCCAUCAAUGAACCGGCAUUGAACGUUGUCAAGAAAUUAUUAGAUGGGCAUCAAAACCCACGACUCGAUAAGGUCUUCUAUACAGACAACGGAAGUACUGGCAUGGAAGUUGCAAUUAAGAUGGCGUUGCGAGCAUCUUGCGUGAGAUACGGAUGGGAUCACCGGAAAAACGACAUUUCUAUCUUAGGCUUACGCGGCAGCUAUCAUGGUGAUACGAUGGGUGUCGUGGAUGCUGCAGAGCCCUCUGUGUACAACGACACCCUUGAGUGGUACAAACCUCGAGGAUUCUGGUUUGAAUAUCCGGAAGUGAGAAUGCGGAAAGGAAAGUGGUAUGUGGAACCGCCAGCCGGUUUAGAACACGUCCUCGGCGAGUCCCAAGAGUUUUUGUCACUAGACGAUGUUCUAUCCGGAAAGCGCGACGAAGUAGUUGGGCCGAUCUAUGAGCACUAUAUCAAAGGCGUCUUGUCACACCUCGUUCAAAACAGGGGCUACAAAUUUGGCGGUCUUGUGCUGGAGCCACUUAUUCUUGGAGCAGGCGGCAUGCACUUUUGUGACCCCGCCUUCCAGAGAGCUCUGAUACAAACAAUUCGUCAAAACCCGGAGUUGAUCGAUCCUUCUGCUGAGCACGCGAGGAGCGCACCCGAUUGGUCGGGCUUGCCUGUCGUGUUUGAUGAAGUAUUCACUGGACUCUACAGACUGGGACAGUUCAAUUGUAACAAGUUUCUGCAUGCCCAACCGGACAUUGUUGUCAACGCGAAGCUGCUUACAGGUGGUCUGGUUCCGUUAUGCACCACAUCUGCGAGCCGCGCAAUCUUCGACGCGUUUCUCAGUGAUUCAAAAGCAGACAGCCUGCUUCAUGGGCAUAGCUACACAGCGCAUGCUGUAGGGUGCAGUGUUGCGUCAGCGUCCCUAUCUGCCAUGCAAAAUUUGGAGAAGACGAAUGCCUGGGAUUCUUUCAAGGAGUCUUGGAAGACCAGCGGUCAGGAACCGACGGCUUGGAGUAUGUGGUCCAAGGACUUCGUAGAAGCGGUCUCCUUCAAGGCGCCCAUAGACCACGUUUUCGCGCUAGGAAGUGUGCUGGCCAUUGCUUACAAGGAUUCGGCAGGCUCUGGAUACACUUCAGUGGCUUCGCAAAAACUUCACAAGCAGCUCUUGCAGGAGCAAGAUGGCUGGAUGAUCCACAAUCGUGUGCUCGGCAACGUUAUCUACUUUAUGACUGGGCAGACGUCGACUCCUGAGCACAUCAAGCAGGUGGAGGAAAGGAUUUUACAUUCCAUCCAGUAGGGUCACCCCUAUCCUUCGCGAGUCCAAAAGAGAUUCGACAUAAGCAAGUUAUACAGAUUCAAAAGAAUUCCUGAUUUUGGCAUGGUCCGCCCUCUUUCGGAACCGAGGAUGGCGGCCAGCCUAUGUAAAUAGCGGACCACAGAUAGAAGUGCACACAUCGGCAAGCGAGAGAUGGUGGCAGACAGCUUUGAUUCCCCUGCAGUUAAGCAAGGAUAUACUUGUCGAUGCUCGACUUGACAGAGCCUGGGGCAUGCAAAAUCGAAUCGCUAAGCACGUGAUUUUCUCCUCGCAUUGGCCUCUAGGCAACAAGAUAUUCUGGUCGAAAUUAGCCUCCCGGACGAAACGCCCCGCCAGCAGCCAAUUUCGAACGUUUCUUUGAACGUCAAGCCAAUUUUAUGCUGGUUAUGCAUGAUUCCAGAAUGGCCAUCUCAGCCUCAAAGCGCAAUUUGCCAUCACAAUCACCCCGUCUCUUCGGCGCAACGUUAGGCAGGCUGCGCACGCGUCUCGCGAGGCACUGCUGGUUUCGCGCCUGUCAUACCCAAAGAUAGACACUACGGUGGGGAAGCUCUCCUGAUGCUGGCCUAAGCACGAGCAGCGUUACUUACAA